CCCGAAGAAGGAUUGGUUGAUCUCUGUGGUAAGGGGCCCGCUAAGCUCUCCGAAUGGUUACUGGGAGUGUUCGGAGCUGCCUUUCUCGCUCGGGCGCCCCCUGCCGAUCAGCUUUCCAAGUGACACGAAGGCACAGUUGAGUCUUUCCAUUUUUGUUCAUAUAAUGAUCUUGCUGCAGAUGAAAAGUAGGAAGAUUUUGACUGGCAAAGAGUUUUUUGAGAAUCAAAAAUCUUGUUCCAAUCUGUUUCAUUAGCCAAUUUAUCUUACGAUGAUGCCUAACUAUAUAGGUGUGACCCUGUACUUAAGGCAGUGUUUUUCAAACUUGAAACUUUAAGGACUAGGCCACUGAACGGAAAUGAACUGGAGGUUGCAUUUCAGAGUCUCUGCAAGGAAAACUGUGCUUCAGACUGCCAGUUUACAGAGAUCAACUGGAUGGAAGUUUCGGGAUCUCUGGAUGUAUGCCCAGCAUCAGCAUUUUAGAAAUUCUUCCAAUCUGACAGCUUGCAAAAAUCUUCCCUUACUUCCAUUAAGAUCCGUCCUCUGCUUUCCUCAUGGAAAACAUUUGCUGCAGAAGACUUCAGAAAGUAGCUUAAAAAAAACAACAGAUUUGUCUGGAAUAAGGGUCCAGGGAGUAAGGUUCUUGUCCCUAUCUACAUUCUCAAGAGUAGUUUUUGGAAUUGGCGGAGGAGGAAAUAACGGUGGAAAUAAGAAGCUCAGCCUAAGAGAUGUGAUGGAAUACAUCCAGAAGAAAGAAUGCCAUAGGAUAGUAGUGAUGGCUGGAGCAGGACUCAGUACUCCAAGUGGGAUUCCAGAUUUCAGGUCUCCUGGGAGUGGGCUAUACAAUAACCUUCAGCAGUAUAAUAUUCCAUACCCUGAAGCCAUAUUUGAACUUAGCUACUUUUUCCAGAAUCCCAAGCCUUUCUUCAGGUUAGCUAAGGAAUUGUACCCUGGCAAUUACAGACCAAACUAUGCCCAUUAUUUUCUUCGACUUCUGUUUGACAAAGGGCUCCUUCUGCGCCUCUACACACAAAAUAUUGAUGGGCUGGAGAGAGUUGCUGGAAUUCCUCCAGAUAAACUAGUUGAAGCUCAUGGCACAUUUGCUUCCGCUACGUGUACUGUCUGUCGAAGAUCAUAUGCAGGAGAAGAUUUCAGGGGGGAUGUGAUGACUGACAAAAUUCCAAAAUGCCCCGUUUGCACUGGAGUGGUCAAGCCUGAUAUUAUAUUCUUUGGAGAAGACCUCCCUCAUCGGUUCUUUUUGCAUUUGACAGACUUUCCUAGGGCAGACCUGCUUUUUAUCAUUGGAACCUCCCUUGAGGUGGAGCCCUUUGCUAGUCUGGCAGGAGCUGUCCGUGGUUCUGUCCCCCGCGUUCUGAUCAAUCGAGACCUGGUGGGGCCAUUUGCGGUCCAGUCACAGCACAAUGAUGUAGCUGAACUGGGAGAUGUAAUCAGUGGAGUGGAAAAAGUGGUAGAACUGUUGGGCUGGAAAGAGGAGUUACAGGAACUAAUAAAAAAGGAAAGAGAAAAGCUGGAUACGAAGAAGAAAUAGAAGUGUAUUCUCUACUUUUGGAAAGAUUUAACUCCUCAAAGUGUGCCUCAGCCAAAGGUUAUAGUGAUAAAUUCACAGAUCAAAGUGAAAAGAUAGUGGAUUUUUUUGUUCACCUAGUAGGUAACAGUAACAACUAUCUGGAGAUAAUAAUUUAACUCAUUGGACAUCUUUGACACCUCAGAGAAGGACAUGUUUUCAAAUCUGUUGGGGAAAUGAAAACCAAAUAAUUUGAUGAAGACUAACUCUGGUCCCGGUGACCAAUCCAGAUUGGAUCCUGCAAAUAAUUCUAAUUUAAUUUUCUAUGAAGAUAGGCUGCAAGCAUUUUCAAUGUAACUGCUACCUCCCUUUUAGAAGGCAUUAAUUUUCUCCCAUUUUUUUUAACUUUUUCCACUUGGAUUAUUUCUGAGUCAUUUAAAAAGUGUAGAAAUCUGUGGUGUUUUAUUCAGAGCCUCAACAAGUGUAUUACAGUAUUUCAUUCAUACUGAAUCCACAAUUUUCUACCCAUUUGGAAGAAAUCAAAUUGGGAGUGCAGUUUUUAUCAAAAGUGAAUUCCAGCUUAUUUAUUUUCAAGAGUUCUUAAAAUAAUGUGUAUAUUAAUUCACAGAUAUCACACAUAAUUUGAAAAGAUAACUUGUUUAUGCAUCAACAUUUCUAGUAAAGACUAGCAUAUAUAGGAAUGAUGUAGCUGCUGGAUGAAUGUGUAGCAUUUGCAACUACAGUUCAAUUUAAAGCAAAAUAAAAUCUAUAAAUGAUGAUGAUAAUAAUAAUAAUAAUAAUAAUAAUAUUGGAAGGGACCUUGGAGGUCAUCAAGUCCAACCCCCUGCUCAGGCAGAUAAUCCUAUACCAUUUC